UGUACGAAUUUGGUACUUUGUUCUCUUCGCCGGUUCCGUUUCUCUAAAGUAGAGACGAUCGACACACAACUCCACUUCCUCUGCAAUCAAUUCUCUGAAAUCAAACAGCUUUGUUUCGACUUUCUACCUCUUUAUUUCUUUAUAAAUCUUUUUUUCGUAGAUAUUCUUUUUUUUCUCAUUUGAUAUUUUCUUCUUCUCAGAUUCUAACUGAAAAUCAAUUGGUUCCGGCGAUCUCAACUCAAAGAAAUUAAACAUGAAGACUGAUGUCUCAUCCACUGAUCGUACCGGCCAACCCUUUGCUCUACUAAUCAAUCAAAGAGGGGAAAAGGUGUCUCUUCCUCCAAAGCUGUCUCCGGCGAGUCUAUGUCGAAGAAACUAAAGGGCAAGGCCGUUGUCUCCUCCGAUCAAGUGUUGUUCUUCAGAGAUGUGGAAUUCGGACCAGAAGAAGGGGAAUUAACGUUUCGUCUCCUCCUCAUCGACGAACAGGUUUACUCCAAGGCUUCGGAAAAGCUCAAAGCUUUAGAGAAAGCGAAGCUUGCGGCAGAACUUAAGGCAAAACAGGGCAAAGAUGUCUCUAAGAAGAGCACGAAGAAGAGUUCACAACGGGAUGCAUAUGAAGAGAAUCCUGGGGACUUUAUGGACCCUGAGACUCCUGUUGGUGAGAGGAAACAACUCUCUUUACAGAUGGCUAAGCAAUACAGUCCUGCUGUCGUAGACAGAGCGUGGUACGCUUGGUGGGAGAAAGCUGGUUUCUUUACUGUGGAUGCUAAGAGUUCCAAGCCAGUGUUUGUUAUUGUUCUUCCUCCUCCAAAUGUGAAUGGACUCUUGCAUAUUGGCCAUGCCUUAACAACUGCAAUCCAGGUUUCAUUAAUACAGUUUUUUUUGUUUUUUUUUUGCCCUUCUUUUUUCACGUCAGAAAUGGAUGCCAAAAAGAAAAUUUUACACUUUAUGUUAUUGGUCUCCGAUUUCAUAUAUGUAUAUAUAUGCUUUUUAGACAAAAUAUGCGACACCAGACGUCACCGUAAAAGAGUGAAGUUACAUUGCAAAAGUAAGAAGAAUCACUAUCAUCAUACGAUGUUUUGUGGGGACAAUGAUCUAAUAAAGAGUAUUUUAUUAGUGACAAUGAAUUUGCACUAAAGCUACUGAUAAUUGGUUCAUUUUACUAUGCCCGUAUGCCGCAUUGGCACUGAGCUCACAAGAGAGUACAUUAAGAAACUCUUCUCUUAAAUUUGUCUCAUGUAAUUAGCAUUCUGCAAUCAACUGAUAGUUCACUCAGUGUUAUCAGAACAUUUUAAACUAAGUUUCAUUACCAUGGUUUUGAUAUUUCUAUUACAGCUAUCUAUAUGGUCACGAGGAGCUUGCUAUAUGUGAAGAUAUAUAUAGAUGUGGAAUGUCUCAAUUCUCAAAGAUAUACUCUGGUUUCUAUUGAUGGUGCAUACUGGAGAUGGUGUCUUUCCUCAUAUAAAGAAAGAUGACUAUCUGAAUUUAUGUUAUUUUUUUUGUUCCAUUCAGUUUUAACUACAAGCUAUGCUGGUGCAAUAGUUUUAAUGCCUAUUAAUUCUUUUGCAAAGACUGGUCAUAUGGCCGAUACCGGAUUGAUUCUGAGGCAACACCAACAAUAUUGAGUUCUCUAUCGUACAACCUCUGCUACUAGAGAUACUGAGCUUUCCUGUAAGUGUAAACUUUGAACACUGUUUCCAGGCUCAGUGUUUAUGUUUUCUGCUCCAGGUUUCUAAAAAAAUGGCGAAGGCUGUGAGCGGGUCAGGUGGACAGAGAUUGGGAACAAAACAUUUCAAGCUCACACGUUUCGAAGAG